AUGUCGAUUGACCAUUCUUCUCCAGUUGAAAGCCCUGCAGGAUACACUGCUGCGAAACGGUCCUUAUUGGUCUGGUCUGUUCCGAUCAUUUGCCAAGCAUUCCUUGAGACGCCUUUGGAUCCUGAACAAUGGUUUUGUCUGCGAUCAAUGGAAAGUGAUAUAGAGUUAAAGUUCUUGCAGUUUGGGAUGGCCAUGGCCCGGUCCCUAAAGUCAAUUGCGGAUGAAGGCUGGGAGAAGGUCAAAGGGGGUAAACCGAAAAAUCACAUUGACAAUAUCGGCGGUGGUCGCAACGCUUCCAAGUUUGCGGGCCACCUUGAGACCCUUAUACUCGUGAGAGCAGUAGAUAUCGCAGCUGGUUUUCUUCACCUGCCUACAAGGUCUUACUAUCCAAGCUUCCAGAAGUCAAUAAGUCUUGACGAGCGUCAAAUGGGGUUUUUACGGCGACUAGAAUCAUGGCCUCAGAAACUAGCCGAAAUUCAGACUUCCCUUCACAUGUAUAAGGAACGUGCAUCGACGCCACUUCCUCCCUUGGCCCUGGGGGCCUCCUUUACGCAGGAGAUCUUGCACAGCGAUGUUUGUCUUCUUGCGCAUCAUUGGAAGCACGAGUCAGCCAAAAAUUGGCUGAAGGUACUGUCUGUGUUGGACAGAGUGGCUUUUCACAUCCGGUUACUUUGUUACCACAGUGGAGUUGAGCAAAUGACACGUUGGCAAAGGUUUAUCGAUGAGAAUUUUAAUCACCCUGACAUCCAAACGAUUAUGGGCAACGAAGAGACAUUAAAGAAAUUUAAGCAGAGCCUUCCUCGUUGGAAGCAAAGCUUUGCAAAUGCCAUGGCAAUCUCUCCCCUUCUGCUUAUUAUGGGACAAGGCAUGGGUCAGACGUUAAAUAUGUCCCUUGCUUUGCAAGUCGGUGGAAGGCUGUCUUCGAUUGGAAAACCAGACCUCAUCGUACGAGUUGAGGAACUCCUUUGGCGUUGCAUUAUUGCAAUCAGUCCACUAAUCAACAAUAUGAAACCUUUGAGGGAGAAGCAAUCAGGUGCCAUGCCUUGGGAUGAAUUUGAUGGGGAGGACACGUGGUUCGAGCAUGCUAUUCACUUUAUCCGGCAGAAUGAUGUCGCAGGUUUGGGUGCAAGGGUGGGUGCUGAGAUGAUCGAAUGGCUCAGGAAAAGCAGGAAGGGCUUGGAUUAA